AUGAACUCCGUCCUAUUUUGUUGGCUGCCUUUACUUGCUUCUUGGAUGGGACUUCUGUGGUGUGUAAUGAGUCUGUACUUCUAUGGGAUCCUGCAAAGCGAUGCCUCAGAACGCUGCGAUGACUGGGGGCUAGAUACCAUGAGGCAGAUCCAAGUGUAUGAGGAUGAACCGGCUCGUAUCAAGUGCCCACUCUUUGAACACUUCUUGAAAUAUAACUACAGCACAGCCCAUUCAGCAGGCCUUACUCUCAUCUGGUAUUGGACAAGGCAGGACCGGGACCUGGAGGAGCCGAUUAACUUCCGCCUCCCUGAGAACCGCAUUAGUAAGGAGAAAGACCUGCUCUGGUUCCGGCCCACGCUUCUCAACGACACGGGAAACUAUACCUGCAUGCUGAGGAAUACUACCUAUUGCAGCAAAGUUGCAUUUCCUCUGGAAGUGGUUCAAAAAGAUAACUGCUUCAAUUCUCCCAUGAAACUUCCAGUGCAUAAACUAUAUUUAGAAUAUGGUGUUCAGAAGAUCUCUUGUCCAAACAUAGAUGGAUUUUUUCCUUCUAAUAUCAAACCAAACAUCACUUGGUAUAUGGGCUGUCGUAAAAUACAUAACUUUAAUAAUGUACUACCUGAAGGCAUGAACUUGAGCUUUAUCAUAGCCAUGGUUUCAAAUAAUGGAGAUUACACAUGUGUGGUCACAUAUCCAGAAAAUGGACGUACCUUCACUCUCACCAGAACUCAGACUGUAAAGGUGGUAGGCUCCCCAAAUGAUGCAAUGCCUCCCCACAUCUAUUCACCUGAUGAUCAUGUGGUCUAUGAGAAAGAACCAGGAGAAGAGCUACUCAUUCCCUGUAAAGUCUAUUUUAGUUACCUGAAGGACUCUCGCAAUGAGAUUUGGUGGACCAUUGACGGGAAAAAGCCAGAGGACACCACUAUUGACGUAUCUGUUAAUGAAAGUGUAAUUCUGAAAGUAACAGAAGACGAGACAAGAACUCAGCUUUUGAGCAUCAAGAAAGUUACUGCCGAGGAUCUGAAGCGCAACUAUGUCUGUCAUGCCAGAAAUGCCAAAGGGGAGGUUGACAGACCAGCCAAUGUGAAACAGAAAGCUCCAAGGUACACAGUGGAACUGGCGUGUGGUUUUGGAGCCACAGUCCUCCUCGUGGUGAUUCUUAUAGUUAUUUACCAUGUUUACUGGCUGGAGAUGGUCUUAUUUUACCGGGCUCAUUUUGGAACAGAUGAAACCAUUUUAGAUGGAAAGGAAUAUGAUAUUUAUGUAUCCUAUGCAAGGAAUGCUGAAGAAGAAGAAUUUGUAUUACUGACCCUCCGUGGAGUCUUGGAGAAUGAAUUUGGAUACAAGCUGUGCAUCUUUGACCGAGACAGUCUACCUGGGGGAAAUACAGUGGAAGCAGUUUUUGACUUCAUUCAAAGGAGCCGGAGGAUGAUUGUUGUGCUGAGCCCAGAUUAUGUGACUGAAAAGAGCAUCAGCAUGCUAGAGUUCAAACUGGGUGUCAUGUGCCAGAACUCCAUUGCCACCAAGCUCAUUGUGGUUGAGUACCGUCCACUUGAGCAGCCACACCCAAGCAUCCUACAGCUGAAGGAGUCUGUGUCUUUUGUGAGCUGGAAGGGAGAAAAGUCCAAACAUUCUGGCUCUAAAUUCUGGAAGGCCUUGAGACUGGCUCUUCCACUGAGAAGUCUGAGUGCCAGCUCUGGCUGGAAUGAGAGCUGUUCCUCCCAGUCUGACAUCAGUCUGGACCACGUGCAAAGGAGGAAAAGCCGUUUGAAAGAGCCCCCAGAGCUCGAGAGCUCGGGGAGAGCUGCAGGUGCUUCUCCGGGCCCAGACACCGUGUCCAAGCACAGAGGGAAGCCUUCUGCAGCCUGCCGCUGCUGUGUCACCUACUGUGAAGGGGAGAGUCAGCUUAGGAGCAAGAGCCGGGCAGAGAUCCAUACCCAGCCCCAGUGGGAGACGCACCUCUGUAAGCCUGUUCCCCAAGAGUCAGACACUCAAUGGAUACAAAAUGGUACCAGAUUGGAACCCCCUGCUCCCCAGAUUUCAGCCCUUGCUCUUCACCAUUUCACGGAUUUAUCCAAUAACAAUGACUUUUAUAUCCUAUAA